GACGUUUCAACUGGAUGCUAAUGCUGCUACGGUGCCAAUCGUCUAUCUUCAAGCUAUACACCAUUAACAUCCCUCAGUGCAGACCUCAACCUAAACAAAACCCUACUAACCUUCACCAUAUACUUUAGCUAUCUCUAGAGCCUGGUUAUUUUGCUCGAAGUUGGCGUUCAUCAUGCCUCCCGGGUUGCGCCAAUGCGUCCACGAUGUCUCGCCUUACCUCAUCUUGUUGAUCGCGAUCAGCACGUUGGGACCGCUACAGUUUGGCUUCCAUCUGGCUGAGCUCAAUGCCCCACAAGACGUCAUAACCUGCCGCAAGAAAUCCAUCUCGACGAGGAUCACAAGCACUCUAAUCUCGCUAACCACAUCCAAAUCCUCGACCGCUGCCCGCACCGACUUGCCGGAUUGUAUCCCCAUGGACAAUGCCGCAUUCGCUGUCGUAUCGAGCUUGUUCACCAUCGGCGGCUUGGUUGGCGCUCUCGCCGCGGGUCCAACUUCGUCCGCGAAAGGCCGGCUGCUGGCCAUGCGAAUCACGAGUCUGUUCUUCAUACUUGGAUCACUGAUAGAAACCGUGGCCUCCUCAAUCGCCGUCAUGUCGAUAGGAAGAAUGUUCUCAGGUGUGGGCGCGGGGGCCGCCACCGUCAUCGUACCGCUGUACAUCAGUGAGAUUGCCCCGCCGAAGGAGAGGGGUUUCUUCGGUGUCAUGACGCAGGUCAGUAUCAAUGUCGGCAUUCUCGGCACGCAGACCCUCGGGUACUUCUUCAGCUACGGCUCGGCGUGGCGAUGGGUUCUUGGUGCUGGCAUCAUCGUCGGAGCUUUCCAGGGCGUGGGGUUGUUGAUCUUGCCCGAGAGCCCGGCCUGGUUGGCGGCGAACAAGAGCGUGACCCAGGCCAAGCGGACCCUGCAGCGCAUCAGAGGCGAUCAUUUUGACAUUCAAGAAGAGAUUGCGGCAUGGCGCGCGGAUGGAGAGGUGGUGAUACCCGAAGAGGAGGGUCUGCUUAACGGCGCGGACGAGGAGACGUUGUUGGCUCGACGAGACUCCACGACCAGCAAGGCGAGUGGGAAGGCUGGUACUCAUCUGGGUUUCUUCGAAGUCGCUCGCGAUCCGGUCACCCGUCCGGCUAUCAUCGCCGUUGUGGGGAUCAUGUUCUCGCAACAGCUCUGUGGCGUCAACUCUAUCAUCAUGUACUCUGUCUCGCUGCUGGCCGACCUGCUACCCGUUGACUCGGCGCUCCUGACCAUUCUGAUCUCGGCUAUCAAUCUGAUCACCACUGUGGCGUGUUCCCCUCUCCCAGAUAAGCUGGGUCGCAAGACUUGUCUACUACUCUCCAUUGCCGGGCAGGGUACGUCCGCACUUUGUCUCGCGAUCUCCAUUCUAUCCGGGGUUAAGAUCCUCAGCGCCAUCGCAGUCCUCUUUUUCGUGGCCUUCUUCGCAGUUGGCCUAGGUCCCGUCCCCUUCAUGAUGGCCAGCGAGUUGGUUAGUCAAGAGGCCGUGGGCGCUGCGCAGAGUUGGUGUCUGGCUGCUAGCUAUAUCGCUACGUUCUUGGUGGCGCAGUUUUUCCCCAUUAUCAACCAGGCCAUGAAUGAGAGGUUUGGUGGCGCGGGGUGGGUGUACUUUGUCUUUGCUGCAUUGGCUGUGCUGUGUGGGCUCUUUGUGUCGACCAGAGUACCUGAGACCAAGGGGAAGAGGGAUGCUGAUGAGGUUUGGGGUCGAACUAGGAGAUUAGACUGAAGGGGUAUCUGUAUGCAUUGAUUCAAAUUGGGGGUACAUAAAGUUAGGGGGCAUCAGCAUUCCCAUACGGAAACCAGCCUGGCAGAGCCGCAUACACAAGCUGAUCAAUGAGAGUAGCCGCAUGCGACCAAUGACGGUUUGCCGCCAUUGAUUUGAUCCUUCCAAUACUCUCCAUGUUCUGUAUCGUUGUGUUUUAUGAUCAGAUCAUAUAUACUCACGAAGUCUUCAGACCCCAAAGACCACGCCCCCCAUGGUGAGCGCAUGUGAGACUUGGGUUGGCGAAGGAUGUAAACUAAACUAGAACCGUAAGCGGAAUUUGGUUAUAUGCGACGCGGGUAGUUACUUUUAGUCAAGGCUGGUUGGCAAUUUACUUCUACACCACCAACCUACAGUUGUGACACCAACAACACAAGGCGGUAAUAGACCGGAAUUCGAUCGCAGCAAGAAAUAUUACAGAAUUAAGUUAU